UCACACAACAAAGAAAGAGCAGAGUCGAAGUUUGAACCUGUAGUGGAAGACAGCACUUCCUAAGCCCUUUGGGGCCAGCACAGCGACCCUGGUGUUUGUUACAAUAUCAAAUUUAAUCCUCAUGACAGCCCUUCAGGGACGGCAUUAUCCUACUUAUACUGCAGCUGAGGAUGCCAGAGCCCAAAGAGAUGUGGUUUCUGGCCACUUCUUGUCCUCCAACCUGCUGUAGACAAUCAAUGUCCUUUCCAUGGGUCAGAGGUCAGUCCUGGCCCAUUGACAGAGAGGAAUUGCAUUGACUGUCCCCUCCCUGUCCUGGCUACCCACUCGUAGUGACCGUAAACUUCAGCCCCAGCCUGGCAGUGAUGGAAACUCCAGGGACCUCCCUGUCUGCCUAGCGACAUCCUAGCUAACCUGUCUCAUUAUGAAGAAAAGUAAAAUCGGAGUUUGGAGAAGCCUCACUGAAAAGAUCCGCCAUGUCGGCCGCGCCCGGCCUCCUGCACCAAGAGCUGUCCUGCCCGCUGUGCUUGCAGCUGUUCGACGCGCCCGUGACCGCCGAGUGCGGCCACAGCUUCUGCCGCGCCUGCCUGAGCCGCGUGGCAGGGGAGCCGGCGGCUGACGGCACGGCGCCCUGCCCUUGUUGCCAGGCACCCACGCGACCGCAGGCGCUCAGCACCAACCUGCAGCUGGCGCGCCUGGUGGAGGGCCUGGCGCAGGUGCCGCAGGGCCACUGCGAGGAGCACCUAGACCCGCUCAGCAUCUACUGCGAGCAGGACCACCUGCUCGUGUGCGGCGUGUGCGCCUCGCUGGGUUCGCACCGCGGCCACCAGCUGCUGCCCGCCGCCGAAGCUCACGCGCGCCUCAAGACACAGCUCCCACAGCAGAAGCUGCAGCUGCAAGAGGCUUGUACGCGUAAGGAGAAGAACGUGGCCGUGCUGGAGCAUCAGCUGGUGGAGGUGGAGGAGACAGUGCGUCAGUUCCGGGGGGCAGUGGGGGAGCAGCUGGGCAAGAUGCGGGUGUUCCUGGCUGCACUGGAGGGCUCCUUGGAUCGUGAGGCCGAGCGUGUGCGGAAUGAGGCAGGGGUGGCCUUGCGGCGGGAGCUGGGGCACCUGAACUCUUACCUGGAGCAACUGCGACAGAUGGACAAGGUGCUGGAGCAGGUGGCGGAUAAGCCACAGACUGAAUUUCUCACGAAAUACUGCCUGGUGACCAACAGGCUGCGGAAGAUCCUGGCGGAGUCACCGCCGCCUGCACGUCUGGACAUCCAGCUGCCCGUCAUCUCAGAUGACUUCAAAUUCCAAGUGUGGAGGAAGAUGUUCCGUGCUAUGAUGCCAGUGAUGAAGGAGCUGACCUUCGACCCCAGCACUGCCCACCCGAGCCUGGUGCUGUCGCCGUCCUGCCGCCGCGUGGAGUGCUCUGAGAAGAAGGCACCGCCGGCAGGAGACGACCCGCGCCAGUUCGACAAGGCCGUGGCGCUGGUGGCGCACCAGCUGCUCUCCACCGGCGAGCACUACUGGGAGGUGGCGGUGGGCGACAAGCCGCGCUGGGCGCUGGGCGUCGUGGCCGCCCAGGCCAGCCGCCGCGGCCGGCUGCACACCGUGCCCUCGCAGGGCUUCUGGAUCCUGGGGCUGCGCGAAGGUAAGGUGCUGGAGGCCCACGUGGAAGCCAAGGAGCCGCGGGCGCUGCGCAGCCCCGAGACGCGGCCCGCGCGCAUCGGCCUCUACCUGAGCUUUGCGGACGGCGUCCUCUCCUUCUACGACGCCAGCGACGCCGACGCGCUGGAGCUGCUCUUUGCCUUCCGCGAGCGCCUCCCCGGGCCCGUGUACCCCUUCUUCGACGUGUGCUGGCACGACAAGGGCAAGAACGCUCAGCCACUGGUGCUCGUGGGGCCUGACGGCGAGGAGGCCUGAGCGCCUGAGAGCGGGGGUCCAGGGGCUGGCAGGCUGCAGGGAGCGGCCGGGGAGGGCCACGGGGGUCUGGGUAGGGCUGGGGACUGGGGACUAAGAAGAAUUCUGGGAAGCUGGGGGUUGGCAUGAACAGGGGGCUGCCAGAGAGUGGUUGGGGUGCUGGUGGGGAAGGGAGACCCAAAGUCAGGUCCACGAGGAAAUCCCGGUGUGGGAACCAGGAGGUCCCAGGGUUCCAGGAAGAAACUGAGGUUGAGAGAAGGAAGGGAAGUGUCAGGAGCCUGGGGAGCUAGAGAGCUCUGUGGAGUGGGGAGCCCCUGCAGCCCCCCAUUCCCCUGCACGGGGGCAAACCGUACCAAAAGGCCUUUCAGGCAGUGGUUCUCCAGCUGGAGUUCUCCGGCUGGAAGGUGGAUCAAAACCACCUUCUCAAAGCACAGAGUGGUGACUUGUUAGAACGCAGAAGGCUGAGUUUCUGGUUCAGUGGGUCUGGGACAGGUCACAAAAUUGCCUUUCUGACAAGUACACAGGUGCUGCAGGUCACGAUGGAGUCAUUUGAAAACAGCCAGAGCCUGUGCUGGGUGAAGAAACUGACUUCCAACUUAUUUCCCUUUGCCUCUGGAACAUGUUUACUGAGUGUUUUGGACACAGAAAACCCCCCAAGUUGCUAAACUAGAAAAGCCUGAUGCUCCCUCCACCCUGGACUCUGCUGCUUGUGGAGAAUAGAAGGCUCCCCAGCCCAUCCCCUGAGCUGGCUCCCCACCCACUGGCUUGCUGGUUCGCACCUUCUGUGGUUUUAGCGCCAAGGCUCAUUUUCUGAUGACUGGUGAGGCUGAGAGUGAGGGUCUCUCUUCCCUGGAGGGAGAGGCAUUUGGGGAUUCAGCAGGUGGAACUGGAGGCCGCUGCCCGUUCUAUCUUAAGGGAAGAUAUGAUGGCUGAGGGCCAUUCACUCUGCCAGGCAGGGUGUUGCUAUUGAGUGUGACAGGCCUGGCGACCCUUGGCACCUGGUGCCAAAGUGGGGAUUUUUCUUGGGCAAUGACAUUAAGAGGUAGGGAAAAAAGGAAGGUUGUAGAUGGGGUAAGAAAGACUUCACAAGUUUGCUGGGGAGGGGCACUCCUGGGUGUGUCCUCCGGAGGAAGGCCUGCUGGGCCCUGGCUCUGGGUCACAGAAGAGAGGAUUCAUGUAGGAGUUCUUCCGUCUAGAAAAUAAAACAAUAAAGUAGAAGGGUUAUUUGGUUGUAAAAUCCAGCAGCAUUAAUAAAAAUGAUUGUAUCCUGAGUCCUUCUUCAUUAAAUCUAUGUGAAGAGACAAAUGACCUCUUGCUACACAGUGACCUACUUAUUGCCCUCCCAGCCUUCAGUUUCAUGCCGUCAGAUCUCUCAAAAAACACCAAUGUACUCAUGUGACUCAGUGACCCAAAACUUUCAACAACUCCUUGUUGCCUAGAGGAGAAAGCCCUGUCUUCUGCUGUGCGUUUGAGGUACCCUGCUCUCUUCCAGCCUCAUCUCGGGCCACUCCCGACACCACACAACUCUGCCAGGAAUGUCUUUCCCUCCCGCCGAUAAAACCUAUCUAAAAGGUUAUUUUGGGGGGCUCGUCUAGGAUCCAGAGAAGAACGCACUGUGGCAGCUUCUGAACCAUGGGCAAGCCAGCUUUGAGGUCUCACUGAGCCAUUUGGGUUCUAUGCCCCAGGCUUUAUUCGGGAAUUAUAU